UGUCAUCGCAAUAAUAAUAUGUCACAUGUAGGUGAAAGGGGCGUGUCCUUAACAAAACCAAAGCUAAAGGAGGUCACUGUAUGUUAAAGUAUAUAAAUUGUACCAAAUGUAUGCAUUGUUUGUUUUUUUUUUUGUUUUUUUUUAAGCGCACAGCUGCUAAUGUGUUUGCCAGUUGCUUGCUGCCAGUUCCAGUGACUUUCAAAAAGAAGCAGAACAAAUUCUCCCCGGUCCUCUUACCUAAAGUGUCAGCACCCCAUUCAUCAUGACGAAACAGGGAAAACAAAUGUUGUGCUACAUAAUAACACAGGGGAAAUUUUCUCUAAAGGUUAAACACUAUUUUAAGCAAAUGCAAGAACAAUGACUUUAAGCAAUUUAACACUCUCUCUCUGCGGGGUUUGAGUGUGUUUGGAUCCAUGCCUGGGUUUACGCCUCCUCCUGUGCGUGUGCUUUACAGGAAGGGAGUGAAGGGAGGAAGCAGUGCCAUUAUAGGAAAUUUUAAGAUUAUGUCAUGUGUGUCUAUUCCCGUGCGUAUGUGUGCAUGCUCACGUUCUGUUGUGUUUAAUGUGAUUCCGCGAGUGGGUGUGUGCUAUGCAAAAACUCACCUGAUAUGAGCCAGGACAGGUUGCCAAUUGGAGCAUGAUAAGGAAGUAAGGAGAAUAAAACAGCCAUUGUGGUGUGGUAGCACCUAGUGUGUCUACAUACCUUUUAUCUGUUGUUUAUUUAGACAUUUAGGAAGAGAAGAGUGCUGUCUUUCUUUCUGACUGUGAGCACUCAGCAUCCAGAGUGUCGGUGCCUGCAGACACUGAAUCUCCAUUCAGCUCAGAGUGGACCAGCGAGAGAAAUAAUCAGGCCUGGCUGAACAUCAAUCUGUUGCUCUGCCUCCAGGCCAUGAUACAUCAGACUACAGCAUCCACAGUAUGAGCACACCUUUAACCACCAUGCUAGAGAACCAAUUGACCACUACCUGGGGAAUAACUAACUCCUAUUCUGACGCGCCGAUGCUGAUGUCGGGUUACACAGGUCGCCUUUGGCUGUACGACUCCCACCCGCAGUUCUGGAGUAAACACCAGGUGUGGGAAUGGUUGCAGCAAGUUAUGGACAUGUACCAGAUCGAUGCCUCCACUAUUCCCUUCCAGCACUUUGACAUGGACGGCCAUCAGCUCUGCAGCCUCACCUACCAGGACUUUAACCGGGCCGCUGGCAGCAUGGGACCCACCCUUUUCCACAGCAUCACAGAGCUAAAGUUGGGAGGGCCGUGUCACGUGGAAAUAGGGCAACAGGAUCUUAAACCAGAAUUGGAUUUCUCUUGUCCAUAUCCAAAUAUCAGCUCUGCCUCUGAAGAAAACUGUGAUUAUGUAAUUCACCCCCUCCCACCUGCUGCCUCUCCUGCUCCUUCUAGGCCCGGCAUAAAGAAAUCAUGUAGCCGCGCCCAUCCCAAAAAGCAUAGUCCGAGGGGGACUCACUUGUGGGAGUUCAUUAGAGACAUCCUUUUAACACCGGAGAGAAACCCAGGGCUAAUAAAGUGGGAGGACCGGACAGCGGGGGUCUUCCGUUUCCUAAAAUCUGAAGCAGUGGCACAGUUAUGGGGCAGAAAGAAGAAUAACAGCAGCAUGACUUAUGAGAAACUAAGUCGGGCAAUGAGAUAUUAUUACAAAAGAGAAAUCCUUGAGCGAGUGGAUGGACGCAGACUGGUUUACAAGUUUGGACGGAAUGCAAAAGGGUGGAAGGAAUCAGAGAAAUAAUAAUAUCCCAUAGUUUCAGUUCAAUUCAUGUUGUUGACAUGUGUUUUUAGCAAUAGUUUCAAUGGACAUUUUCAUAAAGAUGUGUUUGAAUUUUUUUUUAUACAAAUUGUUUUUACAAAUCUUUGUUGUUUGUUAUAAAUAUCCUUAUUUGUGACAAAAUAGGUAAAUAUAUUGGAAAAUAAAAACUUGUUAUAAAUUGUUCAUG